AUGUUAAUAAAUAAAGAAAUAUAUUUAAUAUAAUGGAUUAUCAUAGUCCUAACACUUACUUUGUUACUUCUAUUUGAUAAUUUGCUAUUCCAGAUUUUAAUAAUUGGAUCAUUAUUGUCCUUAACAUGGAAAAUAAGUCCAAAAGUUUACCCACAAUUAGGAAUUGAAAUUUCAAAAAUCAAUGCAACCUGUGUUGUAUUUGGAUUCCUUGUUUAUAUUGCUUGGGUUAUCAAAGAAAAUUAUGUAGGAUUCAGCAUUUUCUUAUUAAAUUAAGUCUUAUUUCAUAUGGGUGAAAUGUUGCAUGUUGCAUUCUAUAAAUUCAAUUUAUUAAAAUGGGGAAGUUAUUUAAUCAAUCAUAGUUUUGGAUAUAAUUUAGCAAUAACAUUCUCGAUAUCUGAAUAUUUUGCAGAAUCCUUUUUUUUCCAGAAGGAUUAUUCUUUGUUCAUUUUAAUUGGUGUAUUAAUGACAUUGGUUGGACAUUCAUUUAGAAUUGGAGCUUUUAUAUCAGCCAAACAAAGUUUCCAUCACUAAGUUUAAAGUAAAAAAGCUUCAGACCAUAUCUUGAUUACAACUGGAGUUUACAAAAUCAGCAGACACCCUAGUUAUUUUGGUUUCUUCAUUUAUUCUCUAGGAUAAUAAGUAGUUUUGUAGAAUCCUAUUGCAUUUAUUGCUUAUAUUCCUGUCCUCUAUAAAUUUUUCAUUUCGAGAAUUUAUUUAGAGGAAUAUUAUCUACAUCAAUUCUUUGGAUAUGCGUAUUAGGAAUAUAGUGCCAACACUCCCAUUUUAAUACCAUUUAUAGAGUAUUUUUUAAGAUUCUGA